CAUUCGACAGCGGGUGUCAUCGUCAUUUUAAUUUUUUAAAUAACAGCAGCAGUGGCAGCAUAUUUCAUGGAAUGAUGAACUAAAAAUUGGUUUCAGUUUUGUUGAAUUCAGUGAAAUAUCUCACGCUAAGUAAUUCGAGAGUUCAGUAAAAAGAUUAAAAUUAUAAAUUGUCUACAUAAAGGUAGUGAACUAUGGAUCGUCUUUUACGUCUCGGAGGAGGUAUGGCGGGGCUUUCCCAGGCGCCUCCGCCGAAUGAUGCACCCGUGGUGGACACCGCAGAGCAAGUCUACAUCUCGUCGUUAGCACUCUUGAAAAUGCUGAAGCACGGCCGAGCCGGUGUACCAAUGGAGGUUAUGGGUCUUAUGUUAGGGGAAUUUGUUGAUGAUUACACAGUUCGCGUCAUAGAUGUAUUUGCGAUGCCUCAAACUGGAACUGGAGUGUCGGUAGAGGCUGUUGAUCCUGUAUUCCAGGCUAAAAUGUUGGAUAUGUUGAAACAAACCGGGCGACCUGAGAUGGUUGUGGGAUGGUAUCACUCACAUCCUGGUUUUGGUUGCUGGUUAUCAGGAGUUGAUAUUAACACUCAGCAAUCCUUCGAGGCAUUAUCAGAGAGAGCAGUUGCUGUAGUAGUUGAUCCCAUACAAUCAGUGAAAGGCAAAGUAGUCAUAGAUGCAUUCCGCCUUAUCAAUCCUAACAUGAUGGUCCUCGGACAGGAGCCGAGGCAAACAACAUCAAACUUGGGCCAUUUACAAAAGCCAUCUGUGCAAGCUCUCAUUCACGGUUUAAACCGUCACUACUACUCCAUCAGUAUAAACUACAGAAAGAAUGAGUUGGAGCAGAAGAUGUUGCUCAAUCUGCACAAGAAAUCUUGGAUGGAUGGUCUCACCUUGGCAGACUAUAAAGAACAUUGUGCUAUCAAUGAAACAACUGUUACUGAUAUGCUUGAAUUAGCUAAGAACUACAAUAAAGCUCUUGAGGAUGAAGAGAAGAUGACACCCGAGCAGUUAGCAAUCAAGAAUGUCGGUAAACAGGACCCCAAGAGGCAUUUAGAAGAGAAAGUUGAUAUCUUGAUGGCAAACAACAUUGUACAGUCUCUCGGAGCGAUGCUUGACACAAUGGUUUUCAAAUGAUUGUAUGAGAAUUUUUUAAGUAAUAAGAUCAAAUAAAAUGGAUUACGAUA